AUGACCGCCAGCCGACUCCCGAACGAGAUCCUCGACCGCAUCCUCGUCUUCGCCGCCUCGACCGGCACCUUCACUCGCCUUGACAGGCAGUCUAUCGUCUCGGCCAAAGAUGAUUUGGACGACUCGAUCGCAUCGCCGUACUCGAUCCUGCGCACCUGCGCUCUUGUUUCGCCCGCCUGGCGUACGGUCGCGCAGGCCCGUCUCUUCUCGCUCGUCCGGAUCCAUUCGCCGCAGAAACAGUGUCCGACGCUGUGGGCGACCCUCGCGGCACGACCCGACUUGGCCAGAUGCGUCAGGACGCUUCGGUUGGAGGCAGUCUUGACGCCUGAGGACGAGGAGGCGCUCGAUCGUGUGCCAGAAGGAUGCUCGGAAUUGUCCACCGUCGUCUUCGACGGCGGCACGAUCGACUUCCGCGUUCUAGAAAACCUGACAGAUUCGGACACCGUGACCCGAGUAACGGAUCGCGGAAGCGGACCAUUCCGCUACUACAGCGCAGCCAACCCUCUCCCCGCCUCAGUCCGACAUCUCUCUACGCCAUCGGUCUACCUCACACCCUGGGUCUGGCCGCACGUCGAUUCAACGGCGGGCGAGACAGCGUUGCUCGCAUGGCUCACCGACUCGGUCGAAUGGCUUACCCUCACCGGCACCAUUGAGCAACCUGACGAGGUCAUCUACGCCUCGCACGCCAUCUCGGGCCAGACAAGCCCGGGCAAGCUCCCCUACCCGUUCCAGCGAUUGAAAGGCAUCGACGCCUCGAUCGGCGCAAAGACGGCAGUCGAAGAGAUGUUCCCGCCGGCUGCAGCCGAGAUGGACCGCAUCAGCGUCGUCUGGCAUGUUGGCUGGCAAGACUUCGUCGACCGCAAGCCCCCGUGGCAAGACUUUGACGGAUCGAUGCCGGCACACGAUCCUCUCCUUGACGCUUUCCUCGAAGAAGACGAAUACAAACCUCCUCACGCCCACAAGCUCGAAGCGCUGUACAUCCUACCGCUCUGGGUAACACCCACCCGCGCGCAUCUCGGAACGCUCGCAACUCGAGUUGGACACCACGGCGACCCGUCCCUCCGGCAUCUCAAGACUCUCUUCCUUGAUCAGCAGUGGAGUAAGGUGCUGCGCAAGAGGGGGGUGACCGCACUAGACGGACAAGGCGCGACGAAGGUCGAGAUUGUCCUUGUUGGCGACGUAUCAGGCGAGGAGGAGCGGGUGAUGGGAGGCGGUCUUGCGGAUGACGAUUUAGGCAUCCCGGUGGAGAUGCGGCAGUGGAUGGAGCGGCGGCGACAGCAGGGGUAG